AUGGUUGAAGAAGCCAUCCCGGAAGCACUGGUCGAAGUGGGACGUAUCAAGCUUGAGAACCACCAAUAUCGCAGUGGCAUACCACAGCAUGUCAAAACUGAGCUUGCUGGUGUCACCAUGGGUCUCGCUCCACUUGUUGAGAAGGAAAACACGAUAUCGCAAUUGUUACCUAUUUACAUGCAAUUACUGAAAGACAGCACGGCCGAAGUUCGAUUGAAUAUCAUCACGAACCUUCACAAGGUGAACGACGUCAUAGGAGCCUCUCAACUUCUCAACUGGAGGUUUAUAUGCGAAUACGGGGCUAUGCAUAGAAACCGGGAUGGGUCAACACCGGUGAUGGAAAGAAAAUCGAUGCCACGGUUUGGGUCAGAAGAAAGAGGAUGUUGGUGGAUCGGGCUCUGUGGAGUCGGAAGAAGAGAAUUUGACAACGAGAUUUUGAAUUAG